UUUACACAAGGGAGAUCACUCAGAGAUGUUAACUCGCGAAACGGAGAAGCGACGAUUGUUUAAUCAAAAUAGGAAAUGUCUUUGAUAUUAGGGGCAACCGGCUCUGGGAAAACUCUUAUAUUAAAACGGCUUGAAAUAGCUUCAGCCUUUGCAAAAAAUGGACUAGACUUCCAUUUCGAAGAAAUGCCUACAACUAUUUCAACGGUGGGCACAAACCUGGUGACAGUGCCAGUAGGUCGCAGGCAGGAGGUCACAGUGAGGGAGCUGGGAGGUUGUAUGGGGCCCAUCUGGAAGAACUACUUGACAGACUCUAACUCACUUAUGUAUGUUGUUGAUGUUUCCAAUCGGCUGCAAGUGGCUGCAAGCUGUAUACAGCUGCUGAAUCUCCUUAGUUCCAGUAAUCUGCCAGCCAUACCAGUGUUACUGAUCUUCAACAAAAUAGAUAUGCCAGAUACAUUAAGCCAAAGUGAACUAGAGUCCCUUUUUCAUCUGAAAGACAUAGUCCAGAGUUGCAAACCGACCAUUGCAGACAUUGGAAGUGAGUGCCUGUACAGGAAAGGGACUUGGAAAGAUUAUAACAUGGCUGGAACAGAAUGCUACGGGAAAAUAAUGAUUGAUAUACUUUGUCAUAGUGUUUUUUUAGUAUGCAUUAUAAAGAUUUCCACAUAUGUGUUCAUCUGUAGAUAGGAGUGUUAUUAUGAUGAAAUCAAAAUUCUAUGCUGAAUGCGUAUUUAUUUGCAUCAUUUUUCUGUUGACAAUUCUCCUAUGUUUUAAUGGGAACAUUCAUUUUUACUAAGGUUUGUUAUUUUGUUGAGUCUAUAUUAGCAGUUUUAUGUAAAAAAUAAAGUAAGAAAUGGUUUAACACUUAGCAGCAUAUGUACCUUAUGUUAAUGAGAGUCAUGCUUUCAGUCAUUAAAAUAAUAAGGGGAUAUUUUGGACGUUUAUAUAACUUAAAAAUAAGUAUUGUUAUUUGUUCACUUCUCUUUACAGCUCUGAGUUUGUUCAUGAAGGGUUUGGAGAUAAGUGCUCUAUGAAUAGAAUACAUUUAGAUGUUUGUCAGUUUUUUAAUCAUCUGCCAGAAAACUUGACAGAGUUAAAGAAAAGCUUUUGAUCGGCCUGUUUGUCUGUAUAAUGUGUGUGUAUUUUGAUUUGAUUGUCUGCUGUAAAAAAAAAUGUAAUUGCCCACUUCUAUUAUGAGGAAGUUUUUCUCUGAGGAUGUUAACCCUUUCAGUGCGGGAACCGAAUUUUAAAGGCCUUUGCAAACAGUUUGGAUCCAGAUGAGACGCCACAGAACGUGGCGUUCCAUCAGGACCCAAACUGUUUGCUAUUAUGAUAGUAUUCUUUGAAAAAAAUCGAAGAAAAUGCUAAUUUUAGAAAUUCAGCAGACGACAUUUAAGCGGACGACAAAUUUCCCAGCAUGCAAAGGGUUAAGAAGGCACGGAAAAGUCAUGCUGCUCAAGGUCACGUUCACAUUUGAAGGUCAAAUAAUCUUGCCUUUAUUUUGUGUCAAGUCAAUAAUGAUCUCAUGUGCCUUAUGGAUGACUUUUUAAAAACUUGGCUCAAAUGCUACGGUAAUUGAGACAAUCUGCAAAAUGCUUUGCUUUCUAUACAUUUCUUAAAAAGCCAUACUAUUUUGCUAACUACCCAAUUAUCAAAACGUUAAAAAUUUGAUAAUAACAAGUGCAUGUAUAUCCCUACGAUAACCCAAGAAGUAUCUAUUAAUUUCAUCAUUAUGUAUCUUGAACCUUUUUACAUGUUUUAUGAUGUAACCUUUUUACUUAUAGAAAACACUUAAUUAUUAGUAGAUUAAUGACUGAUAUUAAGCAUAUUGUGAUAUAAAUUAUAUAUUUUCUAGCAGUGUAUAAAGUUAUAGAAGAACAAUGCAUUGGAAAAAAAUACAAUUUUAAUAAACUUCCAUUAGAG